GGAUCUGCCUCUACUUUACUGAAUCAUUUGGAAAUCUUUACAAGUGUUUGUGGGACUUUGAUACUUGGAUAGCAAAGGAGAGCAGAAGGACAUUCCUGGCUUGACUUUGUUGCUUAAGUUUUUGAGUGGUUUUCCAAACCUUUGAGUCAUAGCAACAGUGUUUUAUUACUCUUACUUUUAUAAUUUUGAUGAACAUAACUUUCAAAUGCUUUUAAAAUCUGAGCUCCAAUGGUCAAAUAUUAAACUGUCUUUAUGGAGGCUACAAACAAAAUAAUGAAUUUAUGCAAUUAUCUCAUCCCAUCCAGUUCUCUCAUAUUAUGCAAAGGAAAUUGCGGUCCAAGAGAACUUGAAACUACAUGCCUGAUGUCAUACAGACAAUUGAUAAGUAUUUGUUGAUUGAUUAAAAAUAAAUUACUUUUUUGUUUUUCUGGUGAUGGAGUAAGAUCUUUCAUCUGCAUGUUAGCUGUUGGGAGGAAUAUAAGAGAAAGUAAAAGAAUGUAUUUACUCAGAUAGCUUUUGUAGAAAUGACAGAAGAAACAGGUGUCAGAAAUUUUUGCUUUAAAAUGGAGAAAGAUUGUGUGUGUGCACAUGUGAGUAUAUUUCUGUGUGUGUAUUAACUCAUCAUUUUUUUCUGUAGAUCUACAAUGCAUUAUUUUCUGAUGCUAUGUACUUAACCCUGGCAAGUGUUUAGUAGCUGCACUUUCUGUUUGCAGAAUUACUCUCUUAUGAUGGCAGAGAAGUCACAAGGAUCUGAUAACCCUCCAGAAGGCCAGGAAAAGAGCAAGAGGAAGACCCUGAGGUGCACCAAGAGGGCGUGGGCUCCUCUGGAUGAGCAGCUGCCCCCUGGCUCCCAGGAAAGCCAGGGUCUGCCCAUCCCCACGCUGGAAGAUUCCAAACAAGAAAGUAUUCAGCAGUGGCUGGACUCUGGAUUCUUUGUCUCUGUAAAUGAAAACUUUCAGCAAGGCAUUGACCACUCUGUUUCUUUGUAUGAACAAGGGAUGGUUCAAAUGACCGUGAAAGACUACAUGAGAUCUCUGCAUCAGUUUUCAGGAACUCCCACUCUAUCCAGAGGGAAUAGUUUCAACUCUUGCCAUUCUACUGCAAGUAUACCACAAAGCAUUCCCGAAUGGCUGGACUUUUGGGAAAAUGAUCCCGUGGAAAUUCUCCUGGCUCUGGGGUUCGGUGCUGACGAGCCAGACAUCUGCUCCCAGAUCCCAGCCAGAUUCCUUGGUUGUAGCUCGGCCGCCAGAGGAAUCAACAUCCGUGUUUUUCUUGAAGCUCAAAAGCAGCGAAUGGACAUUGAGAAUCCCAGCUUGUAUGGCCGUUUCCGACAGCUGGAAAUCCUGGACCAUGUGACCAAUGCCUUCUCGUCUUUGCUGAACGACGUCAACAUCCUACAAAACAAAGCCGAUGGGGAAGCUGGAGGAGAGACUGUGCAGAGAACCCCAGCGAGUGGGUCCAAAGAGCAUCGGAGAAGGAUGGGUAAACUUUUAAGGAGAGCUUCAAGACAGAACAUCAGGAGAGAUUAUGACCCAGAAGUGUCUGAGUCCUUCAAGACGAAGGAUGAAGUUUUCAUCCCCCCUGCAAACCCAGGGGAGUGUGUAGCAGAGUCCCCAGCAGCCCCCAUCCACCACCACCAAAAUCGUUUGUCUACUUCUGCAGAGCACCAGUCUCUGCAAUCCUGUGAUGACUCCAUACUUUGUCAUCCUCCACGAGCCCUGCUGAGCAAGCAGUGGCCUUGCCCGUCCACGCUGGCCAAGCAAGAUCCCCUUUCCUGUGUGUCUGAGGGGUCCGUCAAGGACAGAAUUCAGACUAACAAGCUCAGGAACUUGUGUCGUCUUGUGGGUAAAGGACCAGACUCCUUCGAAAUGGAAGAAGUCCAGAGCUUUGAAGAAGAAACUGGUAAUCCUCUUGGUGUGACCUCAGGAACUGUAGGUGCCAGGGUGGACAGAGCCAACAGCUGCCAGUCUGACAGCAGCGGGUUCCUGGAGGAGCCCCCGGAGCCACUGCCCCUGCAGAUGCUGUCCCUGCCGAGCAGCCAGCGUCCUGCCGAGAACGCGGGUGCAAAACCGAGGGAUCUGAGCCGCAGCCUCCUGCCAGCCCAGGACGGCCAGCACGAGUCGGACGAGUCUGAUUCCAGGAGUAUGAUGAGCACGUCGUUUUCAAGCCAAGACUGGAGCGUCUUGGAAGAAAAGGCCUCAAUAUCUGUGACAAAGGAAGAGUCUCAGCUUGAGGCCAUGGAGGGGUCACCAGAGCUGUUGACCCCAGACCUGGCCCUUGCCAAGACCUCCGCUGGAGGAGAGCACCCAAGGAAAGACAGCCAUCUGCAGCUGCCUCUGCCAACACCCCAUGCUGAACACGAGGUCACUGGAGCCACAGUUACCCCUAAAUGUGAUCGUCCUUUGGGAUUUAUAGCAACCCACAUCGCAAAAAUGAAGGACGGGCUUCCGAGGCCCAAGGGAGCUGGAGAAAUGCACGUGCAAAGCCACCGCUGUGAGUCUCACAGGUCACCUGGAAAUGACCACGCUCCAGGCAAGUUCCCUCACGUUGACUCUGAGGCCCCGAGGGAAGAGGAAAGCCACAGAAUCUGUCCUGACACCAACACCUUACUGGCAGGAGAAAGUCCACCCCAGCCUGUCCCCAAGCACAGUGAAGUCAUGCCCUACAUGGUUGACCUUGUUCACACAUCUGAAAAGUCCACUCCCCACCUCCAUAAACUGCCUGGAGAGAAUGCCCAGGUGAAGCCAAGGUGUAGUGCUUUGGGUCACAUACCCCCCAGGACAGAAGCUGGGCUGGAAAACCUUCGUCCAAACGCUGACUCAAACACGGGCAGCUCCAGGUCUGUGACAACCCAGAUGUCCUCCAAUCUGGUGUCAGCUGCUCGGAGCGCUGUGGCCUUGGGGACUGAUUCUAAGGGAACAUCUUUAGAAUGUACUAUGUGUGACCCUGUUACCACAGGGCCGAGACUGGGGUCAGAAGAAAGACAGUUCAAGGAUGCUUCCAUUCAAACAUCUACAUGUGAGCCCAGGCCCUGGCAUUUCUGUCCAGUCCCAAGUCCCAAGGCCUCGAUGCAUGGACCCCAGCCCCUCACCAAAUCUGUCUCUCUAGACACAGGCUUCCCUAGUAGCUACCCAGGGGGCGACUGCCAUGCUGUUCCUGCCCACUGUUGUGUCUGCUGUUGUCACUAUUGUCACUGUCCCGGUGAGAGGCAAAGCUCUGGCCCUGCACCCUCAGUCCAUAGGCAUUGCCUAUACUCACAUACUGAUCACCCGGAAGCCCAGUUCAUGAAGACUUUGAAAGUCCUUCAGGACACGGCGGUGAGGGAGCUCUGUUCCUGCACAGUCCACGAGAUGGAAGCCAUGAAGAUGGUUUGCCAGAGUUUCCGGGAGCAUUUAGAGGAAGUUGAACAGCACCUUACGGGACAGCAGGCACUCUUUUCCAGGGACAUGUCAGAGGAGGAAAGGGAAGAGGCUGAGCAACUGCAGACUUUACGUGAGGCCUUGAGGCAGCAGGUGGCAGAGCUGGAGUUUCAGUUAGGAGACCGGGCUCGGCAAAUCAGAGAAGGGAUUCUGCUGGAGCUGGAGCUUUUCACAGAAGAACCACGUGAACACUAUACAAAUCUCCAUCAAUAGAACUGGACGAAAGAAAAAAAUGGCCAGACUUUAUGUGCUAAAAUCCACCCAGCCAUGGCCCCUGGAGCUGUCUUUCCUCCCAGUGAUGGCCAGCAGGCUCUCUGCUCAGGUGGGACCCACUUGGCUGCCUUCACUCCACCCACCUUGGAGAGAAGCACCAGGAUGUCUCCUCCACCACCAUGUCGGGUGGAGUUAGGUCCAGCCCCUUCGCCAAAUUGUCUUGUUGGAGAAAAGGAUACAAAUGUGUUCCUCUAGAUACAAGUAGUUUGGUAGCCUACAUGCAAGCUGUAGCAAGGAAAAAAAUCUAAAUUUCCCCCAAGGAGAGGGAUCUACCAAACUUUCAUCAGCUUUUUUUUUCUCUUCAUAUUCUACCCUAUACUUAAAUCUAGGAGGGGCUUGGAAUAUUUUAAUAUUCAUUCAAUAUAGAAUACAAAAGCACCCUAGUAUGUGCCUGGCACAGGGUAUACAGUGGUGACCAAAUAGUAUACAGUCUCUUCCCUGCUGGAACUCAGCCUAGUGGGGGAGAUAGAAUAUAAAUACAUAUACACUUUUAUAAUUAAAAACAGUGACAGUGCUUUGAAGGAAAUAACAAGGUUUUAUGAAAAAGAACAUAGCAGGGAGUCUGAUAGAGCAGGUGUCAGGAGGGCAUACUUGGAGGAAUGACAACAGAACAGGAAAAGAGUGUCCGUGCCUCACAGGUACCAGUGCCCCAAAGCCUCCAUCCAGUCAGCCAGUGGGAGUAUCAGUGAAGCCCCUACUGUGUGCCAGGAACUCUUACAGUGCUGGAUACAGCUGGGAACGAGACAGAAUUUCUACUCAUAAACAGUUGGAAGAAGAAUAAGACAAAAAACCCCAAACCCAAUAAACAAACAAUUUCAAUCCUCACAAGUGCCACAGAGAAGACACUGUGACGACACUGCAGAGGGUGACGUAGCGUGGAAAUUGCACUGCGUGAGUCCAGGCAGGGAGGGACUCGCUACAGGAAGGCUAUUUGGGUAAGAGCUGCAGGUGAGGGAGAGGCAGCCUGAGGAGAUGCUGGGAGAGGGCAUUUACAGCAGGAGGGAUGGAGGGCCACAGGCCUGGAGACGCACAAACAGCCAGUGCUGACAAGUGGCGCGGAGGAGAGGAAGUCUGAGCGCUGGGCGGGGCCGACGACAUGACUCCACACUAGGGCCAGGAGUCUAAGAGCCCAAGUUCUUUUCAUAAGGGCAAUGGAAAGCCAUUGCAGGUUUAAACAGGGCUGUUGCAUGAUGCCAUUUACGUUUUUCAGUCUCUCUGGCUGCCCUGUGAAGAGCGCACCACAGGGCCCAGCGUGGGGCCCAGCUCCGAGCUCCGGGCGGGCGGGAGGCUGCUGGGUAAUGCCAGGGUGGGAGGCUCCACCCCAGAGGAAAUGCAGGGCGCUGUACACACAGGCCGGGGGCACUGGGCUUGUAAGGAAUGAGGACUAUAUGAAGAAUGGAAUAGUCAGGAAAACCUGCAUGGAAAAGGAACACCGGGAGGGAAGUUUAUAAUUUGUGUGAGAAUAUGGGCAGGCAGAGGCCCCUUCCUAGCAAAGAGCCGAGAGUCUGUUCCUUCUGCCUGCUACCAGAACCGCGCUCAUGGCUGUUUUCCUUGUUUCUGCAUCCUCCUGGGAGCCAAGCUGUCGCAGUUGACCCAGCACAUGCCGUGGUAGUUGACCGGCUCUGAGGGAGCGAUCCUCCUUGCCUUUGGGAAAGCCUUUGACUCAGGGGCCCUCCCACCCUUGGGACCAUCCCGCUGUUUCCUCCAUCACCUGCAUGUCCUCCCAGUAUGGAAAUCCCCAUUCUGUCCCCAAGUCUCUUCUUUCACUCUCUCCAUUCCGCCUCCAUCUAUAUACACACACACACACAUGCACUCAAGGCAUCUACACCCCAAUUCCCAGCUCUCUCCAGAGUCCCUGCCCAGCGGUUUCUACUGCCCACAAGACGUAGUCACCUGAAAGACGUGCCCCUGAGUCCACUCAGUUCCUAAAACUGAUCUGGUCGUUGCCGUAAACCCGCCCACCGUCCAGCUACUCUCUCCGUCAGCGGCAUGGCCUUUGUCCUUGCUGGCGGGCCCACAGCCGCGGUGGGCGACAUCUACACACUGCUGCCUCAGAGUCAGUUAGCUACCACAUCACUACCGAGUUUACUGCCUCAAGGAAGCCCCCAAAAGCCCCCUCAGAACCAACACCUGGUGACAGCACAUGCAGGGGCCUCCUAACUGCCUGCAGCCUUCUUCCCUCUAAACUCCACUGGCCUCUGCUAAGCUCUCCCUCAGGCACCACGUGGGUCCUGUUUCACAUACCCAGGGCGAGUAUCAUGGAAAUACUUUCAGAAUUUCCCUGAGAAUGAGAGAGAAAUCCCAGGAUCAUACCACCCAGAGCAGCCUUCCACCAAAAAUAAAACUCCACGCCCUCGCGUCACUGUGCCUCUUUCCUCGCCUCCCCCUGCCAUGUCUCCCUUGGCCACGUCCCCAUUUUGGCUCCUACAUCACAGCUCAGCUGCCAGCCAAACUGACUCCUGGUAAAUUAAUUGCAUUUGUUCCCCACCCCACCCCCGAAUGUUUCCCUUUCUAACCUCCUUAAGCUCUUUACUCUUCAUCUGGGUCUGACUUUUAGCUUCCAGUUCCCCACGUAGACUUUGAGCUUGCCUGACGUUUCUACCUUGUUCCUUCCCCGCAACACCAAGUGAAUGAAGAAGAAUGCCCAGCUCUGGGCCCUCCCUGACCUGACAGCCAUCUGCCUUACAAGUCUCAUAUCCUGCUCUGCCCCCAAGUGAGUCUUAAAUCCUAUUCCCCUAAACCAACUCAUGCAUUCCUGCUCUGUUUCUUUUGCUGAUAAUACACAUGAAGUGUCUCUCCAGCAAUUCUGGGUCAGACCCCAUCUCCUGCACAGGCUUUCUCUGAUGAUCUCUGGCUGUAGGGGUCCCUAUUUUUUGUAACUCCUAUAUCAUCCAAAUGCAUCUUUAUUAUUAGGACACUUGUAACUUAUGCCUUGUGUUACCAUUAUCCGCAUAGGUUGUAUUUUCUCCACCAAACUUAAAGCUCCUUGAGAGCUGUGUAGCACUCUUUACCCUUGGAUUUAAAAGAGAUUUUCAGGAUGAAAGUAUGGACUCCCUCCUUUACCAUGUGUGACCUCGGGCACCUGCUCUCUUUACCCUGAUUUCUUCCUUUGUAAAAUAGGGAUAAGAACAACAAAUCGACUAUUUUCAAAAAAAAAAGUCUAGUGUUAUUGGACAGAAUAAAAUAGAGUAAAUCCUGUGCACUGUUUAAUUCAGUGCCCAUCACAUGUAAGUGUUCAGUGUAUGCUGGCUAUUAUUACAAGUGCACAUACCAAGAACUUAAUAAAUGCAAGCUGUAAUGAUCUUCCUUCUGUUGAAAAGUACUCUGUUAGCAAAGUAGUUUAUGCACGAAGAAUAUUAACAAAUUCUUGAUGAAUGAAUGAGAUGGGAAUAAACUAGCAGUCUCAGGAGACAGUGAAGAGAAUGGUCUUACUGUGGCAGAAGCACUAUUUUAGGUUGUAGUAGGAGCUAAGUUUAGAUUUUAAAAGGGGGUUCAUUUAUGGAUGGAUUUGGCAAUCAGGCAGAUGACUUUGGAUAUGGUGAAGGAGGAAAAAGAGACUCAAUUCUGCCGAAGGAUAGUAUAUGGAAUCCCCAAAGAUCUCCAAACAUUCAAUGGUAUUUCCUGGUUUACUCUCCUAACUCUCCAACAAAGAGCACAAAAGGGGAACUGAAAUGAAGAGAGGCUGUCCCAUCCCACCCAGAAGCUUUGCUAUCUUUACGAGCAUGAUGAACUGAUUGCUGAUGCUGCUUCCAAAUACCACCCCCAUCUCAGGCCUUCAGACUCAGACUAGACUACACCACCAGAUUUCUUGUUUCAUACAAUAAAUCUCCUGACAUACACAGAACUAAGAUAAUGAGAUAGUGACCUACAAAGGUACACACUGAGUCCUGUAGGUUAUUCUUAAUAAGAAGCAACUGAGCUCUGGGAUUAAAUCCAGGGUUGGGGGCUUAAAUCCAACUCCACUACUUAUUAUUUAUGUUGGAUAAACUAUUUAGCCUCCCUAAGCUUCAGUGUCAUUAUCUGUAAGUUUACAGAGUUAAUGCACUCCAGCCCUUUAGAGCAAGCCUGGAACAUGGUUAGGGCUCAGUAAACAGUAGUGUUGAUAAUUAGGAUGAUGGUGAUAAUAACAAGAAUAGAUGCGGUUUACAGAAUAUCUACCUAUGGGCAAGGUAGUGGGCUAAGCACUUUAUGUGCAUUAUCUCUUAUCUUCACAAUAAUCCUGAGAGGUAGGAAUUAAUUCACACAUGCACGUGCACACAGACACACACACACACACACACACACACACUCACACUCACUCACUCACUCAAAAAGACUAGAUCAUCUAAGGUCUGGCAGCGAGUAAGGGAUUGAGUUGACUUUCUGAUUUCCCAAUUUGUUAAACCAACGGCUCAUCAUUAUGACUCUCCCAAGCCUUGGGGCUUAUGUGGAGCCCACUGAUAGCCCAAAUCAACCAGAGUAGCCCUGCUUAUGUCUGCAUUAAACAUUGGGCAUUAGCAGAGAUUUUUAUCUUAAGAAAAAGAUCUCAUUGCUAUAGAUAGGCUUGAAAAACACUGCACUGUGCUGAUCACAUCUGACUCUUGUGGUCACACAUAGGUUCUGAGUCACUUUCAUACAAGGAGAUGACUUCUACCACGUAGGAAUCCUCCUGAACCUGCCACCCUAGCAACUCCUGGCUCACCACCACUUCCCCACUGCCAAGAAUAAUGGCAAGACUCCCUCUGCAGUCCCUGGGGAAUCUUACUGUUCUAUCAUCAAGUCCCAAGUCCCUGUAUUCUCUUUUUUCUCUUAUAUGUUGACCAUAUUCAAGCUGACUGUAUUCAGGAAAAUCCAGACCACAUAUUUGAAAACAGAGGGUAUUGUAGUAAUAAAUAUUAGCAGAAAAUUAACUUAGCAAAUCUUUUAAUUAUAAAGCCAAACUCAGGGUCAAAGUCAUUUCAUAUAAAUGAAAAAGAAGAAAAAAUAGAAUUGCACUACCUGAUUAGUUUCAAAUUUAGAUGUUAUCCAGGGAAUAAUUUGGCCUCUUCUACGUCAAAAUACAAGGGUCCUUUCUUGUUAACAAUUUCAUUCCAUCCAGAUUCCAUUUCAGUAUUCAAAACCAAACGCUUUGAAUAGAGAGGACUGAUUUAAGAAACAAUACUUGGAAACUCAAGUCACAUCUUUUCCUUGGUUUCUUUAUGCAUAAGUGAAGACCCAAGUUGCAUCAUGGAGACAAAAAGAUGAAACCUUCAAGGUUGCUCUGAACCGUAGUGUAUGAGUCAGCCAUGCACAUUUGUGUAAGGAAAUUCAUUUUUUAGCCCACAGAAAAACAUUGCUCAGAAAAGUGUCCCAUUAGAUUUUGUUUAUUUAACAGAUAUUCUCUUAAAUGUGGAUUUAUGUCUGCAGAGCUGGAGCCUUUUUUUUUUCUUCAAAAGGAAAUGAUUCUGCUAAAGAUGAAAAAAGAAAAUUAAAAGACACUUUCUAAUGACAUGAGAAUCUGGUCUAUUGUAAUUGUUUUUUCUUUGUUGAGAAGGUAAUUAGUUUCCACGGUGUAACACAAGUCAAAUAAAAUAGAACAUUUGUAGAGCAGUUAAAGGAUAAAAGUAGUUUCUCUUUGAGAAGAAAAAGUUUCAGAGUAUUUUCACAUAGAAUGGGAGCUGCAUAUCUAAUUUCAAAUUGUAAUUUAGACAACAAAUAGCAGCCAUGAUUUGCAAGGAAUAUAAGUUAUUAAAGAUGAUGUCAAAUUGUCUUUUUUAAAAAUUGAAAGAAUAGGAACAGAAGCCAAAAUGUGGAUAGCACCCUUCUCUGAUUAAAACUCAGCCUACAAUAGUCUCAUUUUAAAACAGCAACAGACCAGAGGUUGGCAUGGGAUGUUCCCUCUCUGAAUCUGUCCCCAGUUAAGUAAAGAAAGAACCAUUUACAUCAAGAAUGAUUUCAAGUCAUAAGAAUCAAAUUGAAAAAUUUUCCUUUUUGGGUUUUUUAAGAACCCAAUGCCACCCAACGCUGGUAAUCCGCUCCAGCACUCAGAGCCCAUCCUUCUCCUGUUCAUUCACCAAGAAAAUGGAAGUGAAAGAAAACGUUUCCGAAAUGUACCAAUACUGGCUUCAUUCCCAUAAUCAGUCAGCAAUUGCUUACUUGCUAGUGACAAUGUACCAGAGUCACAGGACAUCUAUAUUUUUCUUUUUAGUAAAAAUUUAAAGUAUUUGGAUGCAGUUGAUAAGAUUUAAG